GACUACAUCUCCCAGCAGGCCUCGCGACCCCGAGCCUCUCCAUUUCCGGGAGCGGCGCCGCGUCCGUCGCUUGGCAGAGGCGGCGGCGAGCCGGAGCGGGCCUGGCGCGGCGGCUGCCCGGAGCGCGGCGAGCGGGGCCUCCUGGAGCCGGCGGCGGUGGAGGGCAGCGAGGCCGGGGAGGUCUCCGGGCGGUCGGCGCCAUGCUGAAUAUGUGGAAAGUGCGAGAGCUGGUGGACAAGGCCACCAAUGUGGUUAUGAAUUAUUCAGAAAUAGAGUCUAAGGUUCGAGAAGCAACCAAUGAUGAUCCAUGGGGACCUUCAGGGCAACUCAUGGGAGAGAUUGCCAAGGCUACGUUUAUGUAUGAACAAUUUCCAGAACUUAUGAACAUGCUUUGGACUCGAAUGCUGAAAGACAAUAAAAAGAACUGGAGGAGAGUUUAUAAGUCUUUGCUGCUCCUAGCUUACCUCAUAAGGAAUGGAUCAGAGCGUGUUGUUACAAGUGCCAGAGAACACAUUUAUGAUUUGCGAUCCCUGGAAAAUUACCACUUUGUAGAUGAAAAUGGCAAAGACCAGGGUAUAAACAUACGCCAGAAGGUAAAAGAAAUGGUUGAAUUUGCUCAAGAUGAUGAUCGACUUCGGGAAGAGAGGAAGAAAGCAAAGAAGAACAAAGACAAAUACAUUGGGGUUUCUUCAGACAGUGUUGGAGGGUUCAGAUACAGUGAAAGAUAUGAUCCUGAGCCCAAGUCAAAAUGGGAUGAAGAAUGGGAUAAAAAAACAGCUUUUCCAUUCAGUGAUAAGUUAGGUGAGCUGAGCGACAAAAUUGGAAGCACGAUCGAUGAUACCAUCAGCAAGUUCCGAAGGAAAGAUAGAGAAGACUCUCCGGAAAGGUGCAGUGACAGUGAUGAGGAAAAAUCAAGAAGAGGUAAAUCUCCCAAAGCUGAAUUUAAAGAUGAGGAAGAGACUGUGACGACAAAACACAUUCAUAUUACACAAGCUACAGAAACUACCACCACCAGACACAAACGCACAGCAAAUCCUUCAAAAACCAUUGACUUGGGAGCAGCAGCACAUUAUACAGGGGAUAAAGCAAGUCCAGAACAGAAUGUUGCUGCCCAUACUGCACAGCCAACAGCAAAGGCUUCUGUACCCUCUGGCAGCAAGUCAUCUAAUGACCUGGUUGAUCUGUUGUUUGACAGAGCUAGCCAGCCAGUUUCAACAGGUGGAUCAACUGACCCAUUUGGAGGAUUUGCUGAUUUUAGUUCAGCUGCUGCUUCAGCAAGUUUCCCAUCAUCACAAGGUACAGCAACAAGUGGAAAUGGAGACUUUGGUGACUGGAGUGCCUUCAACCAAGCUUCUCCUUGUCCCAGCGCUUCAUCUGGAGAGCUCUUCAGCAGCACAGCACAGCAGCCAACUAUCGAGCUUUUCAGUAGCUCACAGCCAGCAUCUGGCCAGCCUCCAACUGCUUCAAAUUCUACUGAUCUUUUUGACUUGAUGGGCCCCUCUCAAACAACCAUGACCUCUUCACAAAGUAUGAAUUUUUCUCUGAUGAGCUCCAAUGCUGUGGGCAUCAGUUUACCCAUGUCAAGGUCACAGCCUCUGCAAAGCAUGAACACUAUGAUGCCGAAGCCUAACUCUCUUUAUAAUGCAAGCACAGAGAUGGUCCAGAAAAAUGCAAGCAAAACUCUGCCCUCAACUUGGUCAGAUCCCAGUGUAAAUAUCAGUUUGGACAAUUUAGUACCUGGGAUGCAGCCUUCCAAACCCCAGCAGCCAUCACUUAAUACCAUGAUGCAGCAACAAAAUAUGCAGCAACCGAUGAAUGUCAUGACUCAAAACUUUGCAGCCGUGAACCUCAAUCCUCAGCCUAACAUGAUGCCUGUUCGACCCCAGACCAGCCCACUGAUGGGAGGGCCCAUUCCUGUGGGGAUGGGAAUGCCCAGUGUGAUGUCAGGUACGAUGGGGAUGACCUCCAUGGGACCCACGCCUAUGAUGAACCAGGGAAUGAUGGGGAUAAACAUGAACAUGGGAGUGCCAGCUACGGGAAUGGGUUUGACAGGCACAAUAGGAAUGGGGGUACCAAAUAUCGCUAUGACCUCUCUGACUUCUGGGACUGUACAACCCAAGCAAGAUGCCUUUGCAAAUUUUGCCAAUUUUAGCAAAUAAAGAUUGUAAAAUAAACAAAAUGAAAUAAAACUAAAAUAAAUGGGCAGACUGAAUGAAGGAUUUUUAGCUGCACAAGUAUAGCUGGGAAAGGGAUGGAAAACACUGAUCAAUACUUUUCUUUUUUCUUUAUCAGUUAAAGUGUCUACAUAAAGAACCAAAAGCUAUUUUCUAAGUGUUGAAAUAACUAGUGUUCAAAUUCUGGAGAGGUGAAAGGUUCUUCUAAGGAAUGUGUUAGAUGAUUUUGCAAAAUAAUUUGUAUUGAGACCAUCAAAAAAACCUUUCCUACGUAGAAGAACCAAUUUUAACUUUGAGACUUGAUGGACGACUGGAAUGGGGGUUGGGUAAAAAUGUUUGAAUCUAAUUUUAUACUUUUCUUUUUUCUUGAAGAGCUUGACUUUCUUUUCCCCCUCUCCCUGAUCGCUUUGUCAUAAUUGGAUCAUUCCUUUUACUACCGCUGAGUCCACAAUUGAAGUCACUCAAAUACUAUGAUCAGUUUUUUAUAAGAAUAUAUAUUUUUGUCCAAAAAUGGCUUACAUAUGUGAUUAUGGCUUAAUUCAAAGGGACCUGGAAUGUAUAUAUACUUUUGCUAAUCUUCCAGCCACACUGCUAUAUUACCCAAAUUUUUAUUGUAAAAAUCCUCUCAGCAAUUUGGUGAUCAACAGAUUUUUGGGGUCUUAACGUGCUUCUAUUGUUACAACUGAUAUCCAGUGCAAGUCUGGGAGAAGCUUUAUCCAAGACUGCUGGAAGGUUUCCUUUCAGAAAACUCCAGAAAAUGCACUUGCAGUUCUUUUACAGUGGCACUUAACAUCCUUUGUACCACCAAUAUCCCUACAGAGCCACUGGUUUAGGGCAUCAGCAGCAGUCAAAAGGCAAAAAUAUUUAUUUUUUGCAUCAUUACAAACAAAUAAAAAAGUGAAUUACACUUAAAUUAUGUAAAUCUAAAACCCUACCUAAUCCAACAGCAUUGGAUCUUAGCUUUUAUACAACAUUUGGUGAUUCUUUUGUGUACAUACGGCAUUAGCAGCUGUGGAAUCCAAUAGAGGAGUAAAAAAAAAAUAUAUAUUAAUAAAGGAAACCUGUAGCAGUCAAAGAUUUUACUGAUUUACUUAAAACAAAAGAACGAAUUAAGGUUUUUGGGGUUUUUGUUUUUUCUUCUGUAAUUCUGCAUUUUAAGUUCACAUGAAUCAUGAUACUAGAAUCUGGAACACAGAGACAUUGUUAUAUUCACAAGCUGAGGAUAUUGUUAAGAAUAAGCACUAUACUAUAGGUAUGAAAUUUAUUGCCUCCCUUUUCUUAUGUUGGAUUUCUUUUUUAUUAUUAAAUUGAUAAAACUUUGUUUCCAUUGUAUUCAUAAUGUUCUGUUAUACAUAACAUUAAAAUGUUCAUUAAAAUCAA